AUGUGGUCACCACUCAUAGAGGGUCUAAUGGUACGAGGAGGGUACAAUACGGCGGAAAAAAGGGUAACCUGUUUCCACUUUCUGGGGCUUUUCAUUAACCUUGGUCCGAUCGAGUAUCUCAUUACUAGUAAUGAAGUAUUGCAGAAAACUGGAUCCAAGAGGAGAAGUCGCAAACGCUUAAAUCUUGAAGACCUUUCUGAUGCAGAAUGCAAGAAAGGAUUCUGCUUCACUUUUCCAGAGAUAAAGCGAAUGUCUGCUUUCAUUAAUUUGGAUAAAAUUCUAUCGUUUAGACGCAGUGAGACUUAUUAUAUUAAAUUUCGAUGUGAAUUUGCCUUUGCAUUGGUUUUGUACAGAUACGCAUUCCCACGUCGAUAUUGUUCAAUGGAAAGAAUGUGGGGAAUUAACGAGAAGAACUUGGCUUGCACAGUAAACCAGUUCUCAGUUCUACUUUUUGACAUCUUUAAGCAUGGGUUUGAGUUUGACUCGCGAAAAUUCUCUGAAGAGAACUGCGAGAGUUUUUUAUGCUGCCGUGUUUGCAAAAAGCGGUAUAUACCCAAAUGUAAUUGGACUUAUCGACGGCACAAUGCAGAGGGUCUCUCGCCUAACUAUAAACGAGGAGCAGAAAGUCAUCACAUCCAUUGUCUGAAAUACCAGGCGAUUGCCAUCCCCGAUGGAAUCACAAACAGCAAGGAACGUGCCGAUGAGACAGUACAACUGCUUUAUAGUAUUGCAAAACAAAUUUCUGUAAACGAAGUUACCUUGGAAGAACGAACAAUCGACGUUCUUUUGAAUAUGUGUUUUCAUAAAAUCAGAAAAGCACUAGAGCUUGAAGAUGUGGAAGAGCCAAGAAAACGCACAAGAGAGUAUACAAGAAGAUGGGUAUGCAUAUUUGGAAACACGCGAGACAAAGUAUCGACAUACAUCUUUGUCUGGACCUUUAGAUCUACCAGAAGAAGCAAAGAAAAAGAAAAAGGAAAACUUCUAAACAAACACUAA